AUGACCAUUUUCAAGGAGCAACCACCGUCAAGCCGUGACGGUGAAAAUAAUAACUCGAAAUAUGACAUCGACUUUGUGGAAAGCGCGGCAUUCACUGGCAAUGGGCCGCAUUUUUCGAUUGCACAGUCACGACUGUCCAAAUCACACCGUGAUUAUUUGAUGGAGCGUCAUGGUACUUUGGAGCUUGAUCCUCUGCCUACGAUGGACCCUGCAGACCCUUAUAACUGGCCCGAAUGGAAGAAAAUGGCCAAUCUUAUACUCGUGGCCUUCCAUGCCUGUAUGGGUACAUUUGCCGCCGCCGGAAUUAUCCCAGCUUAUUCCGAUAUUGUUAAACUAUACGGUGUCUCCAACCAGCAAGCCAGUUACCUGACAUCCCUCCAAAUUGCGGUAUUGGGUGGUGCACCACUUUUCUGGAAGCCCUUGUCCCACCGCUACGGUCGUCGUCCUAUCUUCCUUCUAUCCCUGAUUCUCAGUCUGGUGUGCAAUAUAGGAUGUGCGGAGAGCACUACUUACAGUGCGACUGCAGCCUGUCGAGCUCUUUCGGCAUUUUUUAUCGCCCCCGCCUCUGCUAUUGGUAGUGCCGUGGUGAUGGAAACGACGUUUAAAAAAGAUCGGGCCCGGUACAUGGGCAUCUGGACACUUAUGAUUACAUUAGGCGUUCCGCUUGGACCAUUCAUUUUCGGAUUUGUGGCAUACCGAGUUGGUUAUGAGUGGAUUUACUGGGUUCUCGCAAUGAUCAACGGAGGCCAAUUCAUUUUGUAUCUUUUCUUCGGACCAGAAACCCGCUACGUGGACAGCGGCGAGGAUAUGGAGGGAUCGGUCUUCAAGAGAGAAUACCUUUCUGUCCGUCGUAUCGACCCUACCCCCUUCACCUUAUACGAGUUCGUCAAGCCAUUGACCAUGCUCACACACACAUUUAUCUUACUCCCCACAUGCGCCUACGCCAUGGUCUUCCUCUUCAGCAACAUCAUGAUAACAGUCGAGAUUCCGGCCCUUCUGCAAUCGAAAUUCGACCUCAACACCGAACAAGUCGGACUCCAGUUCCUGGGUUUGAUCAUUGGAUCUGUGAUAGGCGAGCAGAUUGGAGGUGGCUUAUCAGAUUACUGGAUGCGCAUGCGCACAAAGCGAACAAAUAACAAAGCGGAACCCGAGUUCCGUCUAUGGCUCAGCUACUUUGGUUACGCACUUGCCUGUAUCGGCUUGAUUCUUUUCCUUGUCUGCACGCAGGAAGCCACCGCUGGCCACUGGAUCGUGUCCCCUAUUAUCGGUACCGGGAUUGCUGCUGCGGGAAGUCAGAUUGUGACUACCGUCAUGGUUACUUAUGCGGUUGAUUGUCUUCCCCAGGAGGCGGCGAGUGUGGGUGUGUUCAUCACUUUUGUUCGCCAGAUUUGGGGCUUCCUUGGUCCGUUUUGGUUUACGCCCAUGUUUAAUAAUGUCGGGGUGGCGGCCAGUUCGGGUAUCGUUUGUGGUAUGAUUAUUGCUGUCAGCGUGCUUCCCACCAUUGUGCUGCAACUGCGUGGUCAUGUCUGGCGGCGGAAGUUGGAGGAUGUGGCUUAUGAAUGA